CAGCAAACAGCAAACAGUGAAGUCACACAAAUUUUUGCUCUUGAAAUACUGGAAAUAUCAGUGGAUUCUUAAAAGUUAUAAACAAUCAAAGGACACAAAUAGGGGUAUGAAUAUACCAGGAACACAUUGGUAAAACCAGUUUUUAUUGAGGAAUUAUCUCAAAAGAGAUUUUGAAGGAACUUUUCAUCAAAAUUUUGUAACAUUUAAACAAAGAAAGGUCAAAAUCUAGGUAUUGAACCAAUAAUAUCAACAGUUAAAGAUUAAUUGGCUAGCCUAAUCGACUUGAGCUGUUAAUAACUAUACCAGUGCAGAGCGUCAAUCCAAUAACUUCACUCCCUUGAUUGGGGUUAACAACUUAUUACUCUAUAAGCACUAAUUAACAUUUUGGUCAAGCUUGCACAUUUGCAAUCAACCUGUGACAUUAUGGCUGAAGCUAACCUUGGUACUAUAAGCCAACUUAUACCAUCUGAAAGUGACACUAGUUUCAAUGAUAGUGACUUUAACUCCUCAAUUAAUGGACUCUCUCAAGGUUCAUCACCCACUACCACUCAACAGACACUGUCCAUCUUAACGCCUACUGCAGUAUCGAACCCUGACCUACUUAAUAAUGACACUGUCCCUAAAGUGAUAGCCACGAACGUGAAACCCACACCCCGCCUACGUCGCACAACACGCCACUCAACGGCUAGCACCCUCAUGACUAGAAAACCAAAAAACCCUGCAAGCAAAGCUAAAAGGCCAUCUAUCUCUAAACCAAGAGGGAGACCCCGCAAGGCUCAAUCCCAACCAGAUCCCCAACGAAGUGUUAAACAAAAAUCUGCAACUAACACUAACACUGAUGACGAUACUGUGGUCUCACUCCUUAGAUCCCUAAAAGCAUCCCUAGACACUACUAAUGCUAUGCUAGGGGCCCUCCAAACAACCAACGCUGACUUGGUUAGUCAAUUAGCCGCAAAGACUGCCACGUGUCAAGCAUUAGAAACAGAAUGUCAAUCCUUAAGGAAGCAGCUCAAUAAUAGAGGCCCUCCUUCAGAUACCACAUCUAGUAAAACUCUUCUGGUGGGAUCUUCACUCCUAAGGGAUAUAGAUGAAACCUGUCUCGACACCAAACUUGUUGAUAUUAAAUGUAUUAGUGGUGGUACCAUCUCAGAUGCCCAGAAAGCCCUCGUGAAUAAUGAAUCCUAUGAUAAAGUUAUAUUGCAAAUUGGAAGCAAUGAUUGUGCUAAAGUGGACAAAGCUAAAAACAUUGUGGACGAUUAUAAACUUCUUCUAUCUGGAGCGAAGGCCAUUUCUAAAGAGGUUUCCAUCUCGAGUAUCUGUCCCCGUACAGACGAUAAAGAAGCCCAAGAAAAGGCCCAGGCAGUAAACGCUGAACUGCAAGUUUUGUGUGACCACACCGACAAAACAACCUUCAUUAACAAUGACAAUACUUUUAUUCUGCAAGAUGGCACUAUCAACGAAGGCUUCUUGAAUAGAGAUGGUCUCCAUCUCAACCCAGCUGGCACUAACCGUCUGGUGCAUAAUAUGGGACUUACAAAAUCUCUCAAGAGUGUCACAAAGCCCUUCAAUCAAUAUAAGAAAUCAAGGUCCAAUGCCCCUAAAAAUGUUCCAAAUACCACUCCCAGACCUAAUAGCGACUCUUUUGCCAAUAAUAUGAACAAUAACCUCAGAGCUAGAGUAACACACAAUAACGCCAAUGGACAACCCAUCCCUAAACACUCAUUGGCCAACGUCACCUCUGCUGCCAAUAAAGCUAAGCCUAUUUGCUAUAAAUGUGGAGAGGCCUCCCAUCUUGCUUCGACUUGUUGGCACCCCAAUUCCAUCAGAUGUUAUUCCUGCAUGAAUCUCGGCCACAAGACCCAUAAGUGCCCUUAUAAGGACAUCUCAACUUCUAACAAAUACUAG